CUCCCCUUCUACUCCCCCACCAUCCAUCUCUCUCUCUCUCUCUCACAAUGGCUAGCCAUUCUCAACAGAGUUCCAACAUCAUAGACAUCGAAGAAAACUCCUUAGAAUUCGUCCCAACAUCACUCUCAUCACUUGCCAUUGAAGACCCAACACCUCUUUCUUCAGUUUCAGCUGACUACCUAAUUACUCCAAGUGCAGAUGCUCCGCCACUUACGUCCUCCUACAACCACCGCAUUCGACCACUCCUCGACGCCGUCGACAAGCUCCGCCACCUCAAGGUGGCUGAAGAGGGCAUCCAACUCCCCACCAUCGUCGUCGUCGGCGACCAAUCUGCUGGCAAGUCCAGCGUCCUUGAAUCCCUCGCCGGAAUCAGCCUCCCACGCGGCCAAGGCAUUUGUACCAGAGUGCCACUCAUAAUGAGGCUCCAACACCACUCAAAUGCUCAACCUGAUCUUUACUUAGAGUUUCUUGGCAAAAUAGUGCCCACUGAUGAAACCCAUGUCGCCGAAGCCAUUAAAGUCGCCACCGAUGAAAUUGCAGGUAAUGGGAAGGGGAUUUCCCACACCCCCAUGACUCUGGUUGUGAAAAAGGCAGGUGUUCCUAAUCUUACAAUGGUGGACCUUCCCGGAAUCACCAGAGUCCCUGUUCAUGGCCAACCAGAAGAUAUAUACGAGCAAAUUUCGAGGAUCAUAAUGGAGUAUAUCAAACCAAAUGAGAGUAUUAUUCUGAAUGUUUUAUCUGCAACAGUUGAUUUCCCAACAUGCGAGUCGAUAAGGAUGUCGCAGCGUGUUGACAAGACCGGUGAAAGGACUCUAGCUGUUGUGACAAAGGUUGAUAUAGCUCCUGAAGGAUUGCUUGAGAAAGUUACUGCGGAUGAUGUGAACAUAGGACUUGGUUAUGUAUGUGUGAGGAAUCGAAUUGGCGAUGAGUCUUAUGAAGAUGCUCGGGUUGAAGAAGCAAGGCUUUUUCAAUCUCAUCCACUUCUUUCCAAGAUCAACAAAUCUAUGGUGGGUGUUCCUCGUCUUGCACAGAAACUUGUCCAAAUUCAAGCCACCAUGCUAUCCAAAUGUUUUCCUGAUAUUGUGAGGAAGAUCAAUGAGAAGUCGAAGUCAGACCUUUCAGAAUUGAGCAGAAUGCCCCAGAAAUUGUCAUCUGUUGCUGAAGCAAUGACAGCAUUCAUGCGAAUUAUUGGAUUGUCGAUGGAGUCCUUGAGGAAAAUUUUGUCAAGGGGUGAGUUUGAUGAGUACCCAGAUGACAAAAACAUGCAUUGUACUGUUAGGUUGGCUGAAAUGCUAAACGAGUACUCUGAAGAACUUCAGAAGAGUGACGGGAACAAGUCCACUGAGAAUUUUCUCAUGGAUGAGAUUCGGGUUUUGGAUGAAACCAAAGGAAUUUGGUUGCCCAAUUUUCUUCCCCGGGCUGCUUUUCUGAUAAUUUUGCGGGGGAAAGUUAAGGAGAUGGCAAACACGCCGGUUGAUUUCGUGGCAAAAGUGUGGAACUACAUUGAAUCUGUGGUGAUUCGUGUUUUGAUGCAUCAUUGUGAUAGUUACCCACAACUUAUGUCUUCUACAAGAAGAGCAGCGCAAAAUCUUAUAGCGAAAAUGAAGGAAAAGUCAUUUGAUCGUGCGAUGGAGCUUGUAGAGAUGGAGAAGCUGGCUGAUUAUACGUGCAGUCCAGAGUACAUGACAGAAUGGGCUAAGCUUAUGGCUCAUCAGAAUGCUUUCAGGGAUGUCAUGAAUAAUCAUUAUAUGUCACCGCAGACCACGAUUGAAGGUUUUGGGAAGAUUGAGGUUGGGCAUCUCCGGCUUUAUUCAAGCACUAGGGAGCAAGCAUUUGACUUGAAAAUGCGGAUCACUGCUUACUGGAAGAUAGUUCUGAGAAGAUUUAUUGAUAACUUGGCUUUACACUUGCUAUUAAGUAUUAAUGAGUUGGUGAACCGGAACAUGCAAACGGAUAUAGUGAAGGAAGUCAUGGGUUCGCAUGGAGGCCAUGGAAUUGAAAGAAUGCUAGAAGAGCCGCCACCAGUUGCAAUGAAGCGUGAGAGGCUGAACAAGAGUAUCAGGUUGCUCAAGCAGUCCAAGGGUGUGGUUGCCCAAAUUAUGGAUAGAAUCACUGUCAAUGUUGAUUAGGCUCUUGGCUUCAGAAUUUUAGUACUAUUCAGUGUUUAAGCUUUUUUUGUUGAUCAGUUUGUGUUUUCUUGUGUCAGUUUGUUUUUUGCUUUAUUAUGCUUUGCUUGAUUGCCUAUAAUCUAAAGAAACUUGUUUGUUUAGGUUGAUCUUUUGGAAUUAUAUAAGAAGUUUUUUUAA